GUACCAUCCCGUGGCCUCAUUACACUCUCUUGUUGUCUCUCGGUCAUGGUGCUACGUCUGUUUGUAAGGAGCUCUAGAUUUAGUAAUCGGGAACUAUGAAGCGUCUGUGCCUUCAGAACCGCCUGCCAGGAAGAUAGAGGGACGAGGAUUGGUGUAUGCAGGGGGCAUCGGAGAGGAGAAGGAUGGAAGGAUAGGUUUGGGAGUGAAGUAGUGUGCGCGUUUACAGUUUUGUGAUGCGUGCGAUCGGCUCUGAUAAUUUAGAGUCGUGCGAGGGAGGAAAGGGGAUUAAUCCGUGGCGAGCCUACGUGGUGAUUUUUUGGUUGAUCGAGGAGUGCGGUGAACUGGCAGAGGAAUAUUAAGGUAUUGGGAGUUGAGUGAGUGUGGUAAUGGUUGGUGUAUACAGAGGUGGUUUUCCCGCGUUGUUAGAUCGACUGAAGGGGAACCUGCAGUGUAGGAAUACAGUGGUGGUGAGUUUUGUGGAGUUCUUUUGAAAACGGCCGAUUUGGGAAAUUGCCUUCGGUGCAAGAAACUUAGUGGAGAUCUUGGGGAGAGGUCUUGCAAGAACAUAGAAUUGUGUGUACAUGUCUCGACUCGGUGCGUGUGGUAAGCGGAGUGGUAUCCACUUUGUACAAGUGUUGAAUCUCUCUUGAUAGUUUUGAAAAGGGAAAGUUACCGUCUCGCUGGAAAUGAUUGGCGAAAUUCGGAACGUUUCGGUUUGGAGAGGUUUCUCGUAUGUGUCUUACCCGCCCAUGUUUGAAUCCUUAGCCCUAGGGACUCGCUGGUUAGUUACCUUACAGCUCCACUGUUCCUAAUAGAAGCUACAGUGCGUUGCUGUAUGAUUGCUGAAUGGAGCGUAUGGUGUGAAAGUUCCUGAGGAAAGGAAAACGUGUCUGUCAGCGCUAUCAAAUUCAUUUGGAUAUGAUCUUCAAGGAAAAAUACACGAUGCAGCGUGUUCCAGUAUAGUUUUCCCCUUGGGGAAUUUUUCGAGCUACAACUUGCAUUUCGGCUGUUUGUGUUCCCUCUGCUUUGGGUUUUCAUAUUAACAAGUACCAGCUCCUAAUGGCCAUGGAAAACCAGAGGUGGCCUUAUUUCGAUCCCGAUUACGAGACCACUUCCUCCAGUUUCAACCCACCAAGGGUGACAAUCGAAAACGAGGCGUAUGAGAAUGCCACGGUUGUGCAGGUUCACAGCGCCAACCGACAUGGCAUACUUUUGAACGUUGUACAAGUGCUUACUGAUCUCGACUUGGUGAUUACAAAAUCCGACAUGUUUUCCGAUGGCGGGUGGUUUUUGGAUGUAUUUCAUGUUGUGGACGACAGCGGCAACAAAGUUCGAGACCAAUCUGUAUUGGACUACAUCCAGAAGUCACUUGGGUAUAGGACUAAAAGAGAGCAGUCUUCUGCCGAUUUGCUGCGUCGUUCUUCAGGGUUGACCACUGCUGACCAUACAGUGGUUGAGUUAACUGGUCCCGACAGACCCGGGCUUCUAUCAGAAAUAUCUGCAGUUCUCACGAGUAUGGAAUGCAACGUGAAUGCGGCUGAAGUGUGGACGCAUAAUCACAGGGUUGCUUGUGUGAUAUACUUUACUAAUACAAAUACGGGUGGCCCUAUAGAGAGCCAGUCGCUGCUAGAACUUAUUAAGGAGCAGUUAUCCAGAGUGCUGAAAGGUGACCAUGACGAACAACAUGCUAGAUGCAAGAUAGAGUAUGCUUCAGAAAUUACACAUGUAGAAAGGCGGCUCCACCAGCUGAUGUACGAGGACAGACUACACGGAGAGCAGGAUUGUGACAGAAAUUCACAGGGUAGGCCGAAGAUUCAAAUUAAGAAGAGUGAGCGUGGAUACUCCAUGGUUAGUAUUCAAUGCAAAGACCGACCGAAGCUCUUAUUCGACAUUGUCUGCACUUUGACAGACAUGCAGUACGUGAUUCAUCACGCUUUGAUCAACUCCCCAGGUCCUGAAACGACUCAGGAGUUCUUCAUUCGCCAUGAAAAUGGGUGUGUUCUUGAUACUGCUGCUGAGCAACACCUGAAGGUUUGUCUUGAAGCUGCUAUCAACCGAAGGACUACCGAGGGUCUGAGGUUGGAGCUCUGCAUGAAUGACCGGGUAGGACUCUUGUCUGACGUUACCAAGAUAUUCCGAGAGAAUGGGCUUUCAGUUGCCCGUGCAGACGUGACAACACGAGAUGACAAGGCCGUGAAUGUUUUUUAUGUGGUGGACGCAUCUGGCUGUACUGUAGAUAUGAAAGUUGUAGAAGCCAUGCGCAAAUCGAUCGGUCACGCAAUACUGCAAGUGAAGGGAGUACCCCGACAGGAACCCGAGCUUUCAAGCUCGAAACUGUCGCUUGGUGGACUUUUCCGAACAUCAGAACGAUUCAUUUAUGGGCUCACGAGUAUGAACUGGCGUUCUACGGCCAUCGCAUAAUUUGGUGUUGAAACAAUCUCAAUUAUAGUUGGUCUUCCCGACCGGUGAAACGGAGCAUUGCAGCGGACCAAGAUUCAAUUGUCCGAGGAGGAGAUACUUAUAUCAUGUGGCCAUUGCAAGCUCCUUGAGCUGUAGAAACUAGGAAUCUUCCCCCAGAACCAGCUCGCUGUACAGCUUCGACACCCAAUUCUUUUAAGCUCAAGGAGCCUCUGUACAGUAAGACAGCUAGAGUAAUUAGGACUCGGGGGAUUCCUCCGGAGGUGCAGCUGUAAAAAUUCAUUCGAGACGUUGUCCUUUUUAGGGGGGCGCGCAACAGAACCAUUUCCAUUGUACAUACCAGACUUUGGUGAUUUAACCAUAUUAUCUUAAAACUCGACUUGCCUCCGAAA